AUGAGGAAGCGUCCACAACAAGUGCUGAACAUCGAUCCUCCAGACGUCCUUACUUUCAAAGGUCCAUUCAAUGAUGUUGUUACUUGCGAACUAAAUCUGGAAAAUCCAACCACUCGUCCAGUAUGCUUCAAGGUCAAGACGACCGCACCUAAGCAGUAUUGUGUUCGACCAAAUUCGGGAAUUCUAGACCCGGGUUCUCACAUAUCGGUUUCGAUAAUGUUACAACCCUGUGAUGGCUUGCCUGAGAUUGAUUCGGUCAAGCACAAGUUCAUGGUGCAAAGUGCAUUCGCACCAUCCGGCGAAUCGUCUUUGGAUGCAAUUUGGAAAAAGGUGCAACCAUCGGAAUUGAUGGAUUCAAAGCUAUUAGUCAUUUUCAAGACUUCCGACGAAUGUCCCCAUCCGGAAGCCGAACCGAUAUCGUCACCGUUGAAUGUGAACAAGACGCAUAGCUCAGAUCUUAAACUGAGGGAGGUAUUGAUGGAGUUAGAAAGUGAACGCCAAAAACGCAAAGAAGUGGAUUCACACGCUGAAGAACUUCAAAAGCAAGUUAUGUCUCUGAAGAAUCGCAUUGAAGAUCUAGCAGAUAUGCCUCAUUCGAACGAACACUCUCCGGAGUACUCUCCCACUGCUUUCCAUAUGGUAAUGCUGUUUCUAGCUGCACUGCUUAUCGGUCUUAUUUUCGGCAAACUAUUUUAA